GAACCCAAGGGAGACUUGGUGAAGUCACGUCGAGGGGCAUCUCCAACUCUGACCUCCUGAGGAAGCAGAUCGGAUCCAAGGAGCACCCAGGCGACCGAGUGCAGAGUGACGACACCUGCAAGGGGGAAAAAUGUAGUUAUCGAACCCAAUCAACUGUUUGUGUCUCUGAAAUUAUCAACAACAUCUGGUCAAGAAAGGUUCUGGUCGGACCCACAGACAUAUGGCUGUCCAAGGAGCCACAUAAAGAUGGAGAAAUGGAGGCACAGGGAAAUUAAGUAACUUCGCCUCAGUCCCAAGCUGGGGAGGACCAGGAAGAGAACGUAGAGGGACCCUGACUCCGGGCCUGUGUCCUGCCCACGGAGCCACGCUGCCUCCCUUCCUAGAAGAGAAGACGCCCCACAAGAUGGAGGUGGACGCCGAGGAGAAGCGUCAUCGCACACGGUCCAAAGGGGUUCGAGUUCCCGUGGAACCAGCUGUACAAGAGCUCUUCAGCUGUCCCACACCUGGCUGUGAUGGCAGUGGUCACGUCAGUGGCAAAUACGCAAGACACAGAAGCGUAUAUGGCUGCCCCUUGGCUAAAAAAAGAAAAACACAGGAUAAGCAGCCCCAAGAACCUGCUCCUAAGCGGAAGCCGUUUGCCGUGAAAGCCGACAGCUCCUCGGUGGAUGAGUGCUACGAGAGCGAGGGGUCGGAGGACGCGGACGAGAAGGAGGAGGACGAAGAGGAGGAGUUCUCAGAGGACGAGGACGAGCACAGGGAGGAGGACGAGGAGGAUGAGGAGGGGGACCGGGAGGAAGAAGAGGAGCUCGAGGAGGAGGAGGACGAUGACGAUGAGGAUGGGGAGGACGUGGAGGACGAGGAGGAAGACGAGGAGGAGGACGAGGAGGAGGACGAGGAGGAGGACGACAAUGAAGACCAUCCAGUGAGCUGUCACAAUAGUCGAAUAAUGCAGGACACGGAGAAGGACGACAACAACAAUGAGGAGUACGACAAUUACGACGAGCUGGUGGCCAAGUCCUUGCUGAACCUUGGCAAGAUCGCCGAGGACGCGGCCUACCGUGCCAGGACGGAGUCGGAGAUGAACAGCAGCACCUCCACCAGCCUGGAGGAUGGCAGCGACCGGAACGAGACCCUGGGCCGGAAGAGCGAGCUGAGCCUGGACCUGGACAGCGACGUGGUGAGGGAGACGGUGGACUCGCUGAAGCUGCUGGCCCAGGGCCACGGGGUGGUGCUCUCGGAGAGCCUCGGCGACAGAGCGUAUGCAGACUCCCUGUCGCAGCAGGACGGCAGGAACAUGAACUACGUGAUGCUGGGCAAGCCCGUGAACAACGGGCUCGUGGACAAGAUGGUGGAGGAGAGCGACGAGGAGGUAUGUCUGAGCAGCCUGGAGUGUCUCAGGAACCAGUGCUUCGACCUGGCGCGGAAACUGAGCGAGACGAACCCGCAGGACCGGGGCCAGCCGCAGAACAUGAACGUCCGCCAGCACGUCCGGCAAGAGGACGACUUCGCGGGCAGGACGCCAGACAGGAACUACUCCGACAUGAUGAACCUGAUGCGGCUCGAGGAGCAGCUGAGCCCCAGGUCUAGAACUUUCUCCAGCUGUGCAAAGGAGGAUGGGUACCACGAACGAGAUGACGACACCACCUCCGUGAACUCAGACAGGUCCGAGGAGGUGUUUGACAUGACCAAGGGAAACCUCACCCUCUUGGAGAAGGCCAUCGCUUUGGAAACAGAGAGAGCGAAGGCCAUGAGGGACAAGAUGGCGAUGGAGGCCGGAAGGCGGGACAGUGUGCGGUCGUAUGAGGAGCAGUCGCCGAGACCGCUUCCCGGGGAGGAGAGGAAGCCUAAGUCCAGUGACAGCCAUGUCAAAAAGCCAUACUAUGGUAAAGAUCCCUCGAGAGCAGAAAAGAAAGAGAGCAAGUGUCCCACCCCGGGGUGUGAUGGAACCGGCCACGUAACUGGGCUUUACCCACAUCACCGCAGUCUGUCCGGAUGCCCGCACAAAGAUAGGGUCCCUCCGGAAAUUCUUGCCAUGCAUGAGAAUGUUCUCAAGUGCCCCACUCCGGGCUGCACGGGGCGAGGGCAUGUAAAUAGCAACAGGAACUCGCACAGAAGCCUCUCCGGAUGUCCCAUUGCUGCUGCAGAGAAACUGGCAAAGGCCCAGGAAAAACACCAGAGCUGUGAUGUGUCCAAGUCCAACCAGGCCUCAGACCGAGUGCUAAGGCCCAUGUGCUUCGUCAAGCAGCUGGAGAUCCCUCACUACGGCUACCGGAACAGCGUGCCCACGGCCACGCCCCGCUCCAACCUCGCCAAAGAGCUAGAGAAAUAUUCCAAGACCUCGUUUGAGUACAGCACCUACGACAGCCACACUUACGGCAAGCGGGCCAUAGCUCCCAAGGUGCAAACCAGGGAUAUAUCCCCCAAAGGAUAUGAUGCAAAGCGCUACUGCAAGAAUGCCAGCCCCAGCAGCAGCACCACCAGCAGCUACGCGCCCAGCAGCAGCAGCAACAUGAGCUGCGGGGGCGGCAGCAGCGCGAGCAGCACGUGCAGCAAGAGCAGCUUCGACUUCGCGCACGACAUGGAGGCAGCGCACAUGGCGGCCACGGCCAUCCUCAACCUGUCCACGCGCUGCCGCGAGAUGCCGCAGAACCUGUCCACCAAGCCACAGGACCUGUGCGCCACGCGGAACCCUGACAUGGAGGUGGACGAGAAUGGGACUCUGGACCUCAGCAUGAACAAGCCACGGCCACGGGAGAGCUGCUGCCCUGUCCUGACGCCCCUGGAGCCCAUGUCCCCCCAACAGCAGGCAGUGAUGGGCAGCCGGUGCUUCCAGCUGGGAGAGGACGACUGCUGGGAGCUGCCUGUGGACUACACCAAGAUGAAGCCUCGCAGGGCGGACGGCGGUGACACUGCCGAGGUCCCUCCGGAAGACUUGGACCCGUUCCAGGAGGCUCUGGAGGAGAGAAGGUACCCGGGAGAGGUGACCAUCCCCAGCCCCAAGCCCAAGUACACCCAGUGCAAGGACAGCAAGAAGGACUUGAUAACUCUGUCGGGCUGUCCCCUCGCCGACAGAAGUAUCCGGAGCAUGCUGGCCACCAGCUCGCAAGAACUCAAGUGCCCCACCCCUGGCUGUGAUGGCUCCGGGCACAUCACCGGGAACUACGCCUCCCACCGGAGUCUUUCAGGUUGCCCGAGAGCAAAGAAAAGUGGCAUCAGGAUAGCACAGAGCAAGGAAGACAAAGAGGACCAGGAGCCCAUCAGGUGUCCCGUUCCCGGGUGUGACGGUCAAGGCCACAUAACCGGGAAGUACGCCUCCCAUCGCAGCGCAUCGGGGUGCCCCUUGGCGGCCAAGAGACAGAAGGACGGGUACCUCAAUGGCUCGCAGUUCUCCUGGAAGUCGGUCAAGACGGAGGGCAUGUCGUGCCCCACGCCGGGCUGUGACGGGUCAGGGCACGUCAGCGGUAGCUUCCUCACCCACCGGAGCUUGUCGGGCUGCCCACGAGCCACGUCGGCCAUGAAGAAGGCGAAGCUGUCGGGAGAGCAGAUGCUGACCAUCCGACAGCGGGCCAGCAGCGGCCUAGAAAACGACGAGGAGAUCAAGCAGUUGGACGAAGAAAUCAAGGAGCUGAGCGAGUCCAACUCCCAGAUGGAGGCCGACAUGAUCAAACUGAGAACUCAGAUCACCACGAUGGAGAGCAGCCUGAAGACCAUCGAGGAGGAGAACAAAGUGAUCGAGCAGCAGAACGAGUCUCUUCUCCACGAGCUGGCCAACCUGAGCCAGUCCCUAAUUCAUAGUCUAGCUAAUAUCCAGCUGCCACACAUGGAUCCAAUCAAUGAACAAAAUUUUGAUGCGUACGUGACUACUUUGACGGACAUGUAUACAAAUCAAGACCGUUAUCAGAGCCCAGAAAAUAAAGCCCUUCUGGAAAACAUAAAGCACGCUGUCCGAGGAAUCCAGGUGUGAGCGUCUGCCACCGAGGCGGGGUCUUGCUCGCACGGGGCCCCGGGCUCCGCACUGCCGGACGCACCCGCAAGUGUCAUGUUCUCAUUUCUGUUUGAAACAGUGUUAUGCUUCCGAGACUUCAUGAUGAUUUUCUGUCUUGCUUUAAAGAUAGUUCCCCGCAGAAUAGUUUUUGGAUACAUUCCCAUUUUGUACGUUUUCAUAUGAGCUGACAUAGUGUGACGAUGCCGUGUGACGUUUCUAGCUGCUAAUCUCUGCACAUCUGGGGGCUGUACAUUUCUGAAGAGGUGAGCCGAUCAAAAUAAAUGCAGUGUAAAUUCUUUUAAUGCUUUAGUGACUAAAUGUUUUAGUAUUUUGAACUGAAAUGGACAAAAACAAA